GCACCCGCCCCAGUAACCUACACAAACAAAUUCAUGAACACCGACCCCGACACCUCCAAAUUCCUCGGCGAACCCCGCCCCGAACUCGACAAAGCCUGGCACGACCUCCUAGACGGAACCCUCAUCUACUUCAGCGAGGACGAGCUCAAAAAGGCCGGCAACGCAGUCUCCAUCAGUCGAGAGGGAGGCGGGUACGUAGGCGGUCUGGGAGUGAGCCACUCGCUACACUGCCUGAAAAGAAUAAAACAAUACCUCCACCCAACCUACUACUACCCAGACAUCUCCACGACCCCCGGAAACGAAACCUGGUCCGACCUCACCUCCCACGUCGACCACUGCCUCGAGUCCCUCCGCCAGCUCGUCCUCUGCACCGCCGACACAAACGUCUACACCCUCCACUGGACCGAUCACUCCACCCUCAAGCCCAGCGUCAAGGUCCCCCAGCCCAACGUCUGCGUCGACUGGAAGCCGCUGCACAGGUGGAUGAAGGGCCGGGGCGUCGGGUUCCGGGAGAUGGUUCACCCUGCUUCUCAUCAUUUUGGUCAGAAGAAGCCAUCCUCGUCGGUGGCUUCUGAACCAACAGCAACCCCCGAAGAGGAGAAAAGUGGGAAAGAAGCCGAGGUGGUGACAGGGUCCGAGUAUGAUUCUUGA